AUGCUGCGUCGUCUUGCCCUCCGUACCGUGAAGCCUUCUGUGCGCAACUUCGCCUCCGCCUCGGAGCUGUACAAGAACCCGCGCAGCUCCAAGUUCAGCAUGACCAAGAUCGUGGCCACUAUCGGCCCCGUGUCGGAGCAGCUGGACAUGCUACAGAAGAUCACGGACGAAGGUUUGCGUAUCAUGCGCAUUAACUUCUCACACGCCGAGUACGACGAGGCCUUGCUGCGCGUCACUAACCUUCGUGCCUGUCGCGGCGUGCACGCCGAGGGUCAGGCCAAAUUCAACCUACGUGCCGUGCUACACGACACCAAAGGACCCGAGAUCCGUACGGGUAAGAUGCGUGACGGCAAGAAAAUCACGUUAGAGAGUGGCAAGUCGGUGGUGCUCACGACCGACCCGGCUUUCGAGCUUGAGGGUACCGCCGACAAGUUCUACGUUACGUAUCAGCAGUUAGCCGAAACCGUUAAGGUGGGCGAUACAGUGUUACUAUCUGACGGCCUUAUCCGUCUCACCUGUACGUCAGUGGGUAAGGAUGAGAUUACGUGCCACAUCCACAAUACCGAGGAAAUCGGUAACCGUAAGGGUGUAAACCUCCCGGGUUUGAUCGUCGAGUUGCCUGCUCUAUCUGAUAAGGACAAACGCGACCUGGAUUGGGGUGUCGAGCACGAUAUCGACUUUAUCGCGGCCUCGUUCAUCCGUAAGGCCAGCGACGUGAACUCGAUCCGUUCGUUCGUGGGAGAGUGCGUUAAGAAACACUGGGGUAACCAACCUGGUUACAUUGCCCCUAAGAUCAUCUCUAAGAUCGAGAACCUCGAAGGUAUCCAGAACUUUGAGGAGAUCCUCGAGGCCUCGGAUGGCAUCAUGUGUGCCCGUGGCGAUUUGGGUGUCGAAGUGCCGGCACAGAAGGUCCUGACAUACCAGAAGAUGAUGGUGGACCGCUGUAACGCCGUCGGAAAGCCGGUUAUUGUGGCGACGCAGAUGCUCGAAUCCAUGCAGAACAACCCGCGCCCCACGCGUGCCGAAGUGUCGGAUGUCGGCAAUGCCGUGCUGGACGGCGCGGACUGCGUCAUGCUCAGUGGCGAGUCGGCUCAGGGCAAGUACCCGAUCGAGUCUGUGGCCACGAUGAACACGGUGAUCAAGGAGGCCGACCAGCUCCUACUCAAGCCUAACUACCAGGCCAAGUUCCAGUUCGAGCCGCCCACGUCGGACGUCGAGUCAGCCGUGUCGUCGGCAGUCAAGACGGCCAACGAGAUGCACGCGCAGCUCCUGAUUGUGCUCACCCGUACCGGUUACACGGCCCGAAAGGUCGCCAAGUACAAACCGACUGUGCCGGUCAUGUGCUUCACCACCGACCUUAAGGUCGGCCGUCAGCUCCAGAUCCACCGCGGUCUGUACCCGGUGGUGCCGGACUACCUUGACCGUGCCCCGACUACCGCGGAGGCCAUCGCUCACGCCAAGAAGAUGGGAUGGUUGUCUGCCGGCGACCGUGUCGUCGUGAUCAGCGGCGACAAGCUGUCGGACGAUCUCGGCCGGGAAAUCCUCAUCGGCGUCGCUGACGUCCAGUAAGACGGAGACAA